CCGACGACCAACCAAACCAAGCCUAUAUUGUCUGUCGACUUUUCUAUCUCUCUCUCUGGUCUCAGGCACACAACUUACUCUCUCUUUCUCUCUCUGAUUCGGCUUGUUCAGCUUCAGAGAAAUCUAGUUCUAACCGUAGAUCGUGCUUUUGUUUUUGUGCCGAAGAAGCCACUUCUCUACUUGCGGUUCUUCUUCUUCCUCAAUUUUAUUCGAUUCGCUUGUUGCAAAAUUCUUUAAGUGGGGAGAGGAUGUCUGGUGGCACGCAGAAGAGUCUGAGAAAGGCACUUGGGGCACUUAAGGACACCACAACAGUCUCAUUGGCUAAGGUCAACAGCGAUUACAAGGAAUUGGACAUUUCUAUUGUUAGAGCCACAAACCAUGUUGAACGUCCAGCCAAGGAAAAACACAUAAGAGCUAUUUUUGCAGCUAUCUCAGCUACAAGACCUAGAGCCGAUGUUGCCUAUUGCAUCCAUGCUCUUGCCCGGCGAUUAUCAAAGACACAUAACUGGGCAGUUGCUUUGAAAACUUUAAUUGUUAUUCACCGUGCUCUAAGGGAAGUGGAUCCUACAUUUCAUGAAGAACUCAUUAAUUAUGGGAGAAGUAGAAGUCAUAUGCUCAAUAUGGCUCAUUUUAAAGAUGAUUCCAGUCCAAAUGCAUGGGAUUAUUCUGCAUGGGUGCGCACUUAUGCAUUAUUUUUGGAGGAGAGGCUGGAAUGUUUUCGUGUGUUGAAGUAUGACAUUGAGGCAGACCGCCCUAGGACCAAAGAUUUGGAUACUGCAGAAUUAUUAGAGCAGUUGCCAGCUUUACAACAACUUCUUAAUCGAGUUAUUGGCUGCCAGCCACACGGGGCAGCUGUACAUAACUUUGUCAUUCAGUUAGCACUCUCAAUGGUUGCUUCAGAAAGCAUUAAAAUUUAUCAAGCUAUUAGUGAUGGCACAGUCAAUAUGGUUGACAAGUUUUUUGAGAUGCAACGCCAUGAUGCUCUGAAAGCUCUUGAUAUAUACAGGAGGGUUGGGCAGCAGGCUGAGAGACUGUCAGAGUUUUAUGAAAUAUGCCGUAAUCUUGAUAUUGGGCGUGGAGAGAAGUUUAUUAAAGUCGAACAGCCCCCUUCAUCAUUUCUGCAAGCUAUGGAAGAGUACGUCAAAGAUGCUCCCCAGGGACCAAUAGUUCGUAAGGAUCAGGCUAUUGAAAACAAAGAAGUUUUAGCUAUUGAAGAUAAAAAGACAACAGAAGUGCAAGAGGAACGCCCACCCUCACCUUCACCCUCACCUCCUCCACCUCCUCCUGCUGAACCUGUGAAAGUGGAAGCACCACCAGUGCAACCACCACCUGAUCUGUUGAAUAUGGAGGAUCCGGUUCCAGCUGCUUUAGAGUUGGAAGAGAAAAAUGCAUUGGCUUUGGCCAUUGUUCCCAUUGCCGUUGAACAACAGCCUUCUGCUGUUUCAAAUCCAGCAAAUGGAACUACAGGAUGGGAAUUGGCACUUGUUACUGCUCCUAGUUCAAAUGAGAGUGCUGCGGCAGCUAGCAAACUGGCUGGAGGUUUGGACAAGCUUACUUUAGACAGCCUUUACGAUGAUGCACUCAGGAGAAACAACCAAAAUGUCAGCUAUAAUCCAUGGGAUUCAGCACCAGGGGGAAACACAAUGCAACCAACAAUGCAUGAUCCAUUUUUUGCCUCUAAUUCUGUUGCUGCUCCACAUUCUGUUCAGAUGGCUGCUAUGUCCAACCAGCAACAAGCUUUCAUGUAUCAGCAGCAGCAGCAAAUGAUGAUGAUGGCCCCUCAACAACAAUCAGGGAAUCCUUUCGGAAAUCCUUAUGGAGCCACUGUUCACCCCUAUGGCUCAGGUAUGCCUGUUCAAUCAUACAAUCCAUAUACAGGUCUCAUCUAGGCAUUUCCUGUGGAAAAGAAAAACAAAUCCUUAAUAAGCUCGAGGAAGAAAAGGAAUGGGUACUCUGAUUACUCAGCUUUCGGUUGGGAAAGAAGAAUAGACUUGUAUCAUACGUUGUGUGUGGCAUAGUUAGCUAGAGUGAAAAUUCUUUUUGAAUAAUUAGCAGAGGGAGGGUUUUGAUUAUAUGAUUUUUUAUGUACAAGGUAAAUUGAUGAUAAUGAGCUUUGACUAAAACCACUUAGUUUCUUUUGUCCCUGAUUGAUCACUUCAACGCUUUAGCAGAAAAUUUGUUCUUCAUAUAUUGGAAUAUAUUGUUCUCAGUUGCCAUUUCCUGUAUACGGUGGAAGUAUAUUCAUUAUGUGAUUGUGAUACAAUUUGUUCAAUGAAAUUACAAGUCUAAUAAACAUAUUUUGGUUUGGGAGGA